AUGCCCGUGGCAUUUCAGAUGAGAGCAAGCCAGGCCUGGGGAAGCCAGUUCCCUGGCACUGGGCUGCUGUUUGGUGCAGAAAGUGGGGUUUUGCUACCCAGCUGGGGUUUGCUGCCCAGCUGUGCCGCCCACUCCCAUUGCAGGCUGGACAGGAUCCUGCUGAGCCAGGGCAGCAAGGAGCAGAAAAGGCUGCCUGCCUCCAACACGACCCUGGUGCUGCCCCGACAAGUCAUCAAGUCCUCCGACACUCACUACAGAGCCCUGCCCUGAUGCUACCUGGGGAUGCUGCUGGAAAGGAAAGAAACAUUUUCCACCACCCUGACGGGGAUGCAGGACUGUGGCUUCUCUGAGACUGAACACCUUGAUUGCUCUCGAACGGCGAUAGAAAUGGUGAAAAGACAACCUCCCAUCCUGAACCGCCCGGCAAAAAUCUUCCACCUCCUGGGCCAGCAGGAGAUGGCCAAAGGGAUAUGCAAAAUGGCACUGGAGGUCCUGCAGGACCCGCACUUCAACUGGCAGGUGUACCGCACCUGGGCACAGAGCUGGUCCUGGUGGAUGAAACUCUUGAGCAAAGCCCUGGAGUCUGACCUGGGCAACGCCAUACCCGAACUCCAGCUCUUCAGGGGCAAAUCUGCGCUUAAAAGCCAGGAAACACUCGCCAUCGAGUGCUUCAAGCGGGCCAUCGAACUGGAUGACGCGGGCUCCACUGAGAACUUGCGGUGCCUCCUGGAGACACCGUUCGUGCUCUUUGGCCAGGUGAAGCUGAAGACAGAAACGCUGAUGCAGGCACUGGAACGGUGGGUUAAGAAAGCCGAGGAGAAAUUCCCACGGCAGCGGAGGGUGGUCUGCCGCAACCGCGCGUGGGAGGUGAUCCAGCUCUGCAAAGCCACGAUCGGCCGGGGGGGAGGACGGAGCUGGUGA